CAGUGGUUGCAACACUUUUUUCCGGUUCCUUUACCGUACGAAAACAACACUGAAUGGAAGAGAGGACGUUCUGGGCUUUAACAUCUCAGAAUUCCAACAAAUACCAGCGAUGUAAAUAGAUAGUCUGCUUUAGUUUGUCUAAAUGUGCGUUUUUUCAAGACGACCGAACCUAUACUGACUCUUCCCCCCCCCCCCCCCCCCCUGAGUUCGUGUUGGUUUACGGCAACAUGGAGAGUUUGGACAAAAGUUUAAUAAGACGGACACUCAUUGGACGACAUCACCGUUGCAGCUACUAAUUAUUCAACAAACUCAAGCCAGAAGAUCACAGAAUUUAAGAGCUGUGUGAAGUUGGAGACAAUGUCCCUCAUGUUGACUUGAGCACAGGGCAGAACAAAGUGACACUAUGAAGGGAAAGCAUAAUGAUAUAUCUCCAUGCACAGCAGCUGCAAGUAUCCCAAGUCAAAUGUCUAUGAGUGCUCAAGAGCCAGGACUAAGGAGAAUUGGAGAUAUGCUGCAAUUAAAGCGUAAACUUGGGCGACCAUUUAAGAAAAAAACAUUGAUUAAAAUGGCUAAAAUGAUGACAAUAGUGCAAAAGGAGGAUGCUAUUUACAACAACAAACAAGAUGGUUGGGUGGAAGAAAAAGUGACAACAGUCCAGCAGGAAGUUACCUCCCAUAAACACAAGAAAGUAAUAAUAAAAAAAACAGAAACUGAUUUUUCACACCUAAGACGAUCUUCCAGAACAACAAAACCUGUUGAAAUAACGGACUUUACUCCGGAUCCUACUGAACACAUUUUACCACCAUCAGGACAUAUUGAGCCUUUCCUGAGGAAAGAAGAUUCAACUUGUACCCUUUCGACAACCUCCCCAACAAGGAUGUGUAGCGCAGAAGCUGCCCCUCAAAUUGACGUCCCAAGUCUUCACAAGGGAAAAAUAAAAGGAAGGCAAAGAUCUACCAAGAAAGGCAGUCAAAUUAAGAAAAAGAAAAUCACUUAUGAAGGCUCUGAUCCUCCCAAUAUUCCUACACAGACCCUCCCUGAGAUUGAGCCUACAGAUAACGGGGUAAAGAAGACCACAAAUGCGAAAAAAAGAAAGAUAGACAGUGAAGCUAAUAAGAAAAGCAAACAAGGAAUUACUGCUUUAGAACCGAUGUUUUCAACAGUUCCUCAGGAGGAUAUUUAUGCUGAUAAAGGCAUUUCAACACAAACGAUAAUAACCCCUCUCAAUUCAUUGCACCAGAAACCACUUAAUCGUACUAAAUACAAGAAAGGCAAAAAAGCAAGGGAUAUCCCCUUAUUGAAUACAACGGAACAAUUUGGGGUGUGCUGUUCAUUACCUGAGUCUCCUGUGUUGCAACCACCUGUUGAGUGUGACGCAGAAAACCCCAGAAAAGCUAAGAAGCAGUGUAACAACAAGAGUCCACAGAAAUCAGAGAAGAAAACUAAAGUGAAAUGUGUCACGUCAACAAAGGCAAAGAAAUCAAGGAAAAGGAAAGUUCCCUCGAAAACUAACGGAGUUGACUCAUCAACUGCUGAUAUUAUUCUUGGAGAAAUGCCAGUUUGUUCUUCUCAGUCAGUUCAUGGCUCAGAACUCAACAAAAACAGUUGUCAUUCAAAAAAACCUCAAACUGAGGCAGUGUCACCACUGACUAGGGAUGAUCUGCCAAUCAAAAUUGAACCACAAACACGAAAGGGUUCAAGGAAUAAGUUGAAUAAUGCAGAUAUAACCUCAAAUCCGGAGACUGAAAACCCCCCUGAAAAGAAGAGCCAGCAAAAAAGCAGGGUGAAAAAAAAUAGAAUUACAAAAACCAACAUCUUGAAUCUUUCCACUGCUCUCACCCACCCCACUGUAGCAAAUGAAAACAUACUGUUACCUGUGUUAAAUCCAACCAUUGCUGAGAAGCCAAAACACGAAAUGCCAAGUCUACCUACUUCCACUGUGUCACGGCAUGUUCCAGCAUCACUAGCCACACCUUCAGAAAAAGGACAGGUAGCAGAACCCGUGAGUGCUCAUAGUUUGAAGAGAAAACAACCACAAAAAGUAAUGAGAUCUAAGAAGACAAAGGUCAGGACUUUUAAACCUAAGUUACAUAACGGUUGUAAUGUCUCAAACGAUGAAGAACUAGUCAAAUGUACAGAAAUGGACGGCAUGCUCAAUGAGAUGAAAAAUGGCCCAAAAAAGAAGAAAAAGGUAAUGAAAGCUUCCAUGGGGAAAACGGCUGACUUCAAUAUGCAGAGUACAUGCCCCGAAUCUGUAGCGCACAGAACCGUGACGGAAGACAAACUAGCUCCUGUUGCUAUUAACGUGAAACAUAAAAAGUCGAGUCUUACCCCUUCGGAUGCAACACCGCCUCUUCCAUCUUCAGCGGCUUCGCCAGACAAAGGACAGUUGGCAGAGUCUGUGAGUCCUGCUGGGGGGAGGAGACCACCACAGCAAAGAGGAAAGCUGUCUAAGAGAAAGUCCAGGCCGCCUCGAAAGAAAAGAAAAUUAAACUACAGGAACAAUCUCUCAAAAGAAAUCAAACCACUUGAAUCAGUGAAAGGACCAAGUGACAAGGUGCUUACCGCUAAAGUGGUGAAGGAUGACCUUGCUGUGGCCUCAACAGCUGAGCAAGAAAACAUGUUGGCGGGCUUCAAUCACUAUACCUCACCUUCAGGAAGAAGUACCAAAGACAUUUCAAUCUUUUCAGACAGUACCAUUGAGAGUGUGGCUGAACUAGACAAUACUUUGUGGGAGUCCACAGAUGCACCCAAUAUAAAUCAAAGUUCUAGCCAAUCUGAAACUUUUACUUCUAAUAUGGAUGUAUUAUGUGACAGAAAGAUUCAAAAACAGACUUGUGGAUCCCAGGGCGAGACUGGAGCUUCAGAGACAGUUCACGAAAACAAGGAGGCCGUGAAUAGACAGUCAACAGCCGACAAAGCAUUGCUGCAUUCAAAUGUGAAACUAAGAAAACCUAUAACAUGUCGUUUCUGUGGCUGCACAUUUCGACACAUCUCGGCAUACUCAGUUCACGAGUGCAUUCACACAGGCAAGAAGCCUUACAGGUGCUUGAAAUGUGGCAAGAGAUUCGCUCAGUUUUCCAAACUCCGUUUGCACGCCAACAUCCACAGACGGCCAGACCAUAUCCGGUGUCCAUGCUGUUCCCUAGGGUUUCCAAACAAACCUGAGUUGAUUGUCCAUUUCAAGAUUCACAUGAAAAGGACCAACAAGGUCGGUUUAAUGGGACAAGGAAGAGACAUUCAAGCUCAGAUGCCUGGUAAUGACAGUGUCCCCCCUGUCCCUCUGAAAACCAGCGCCUCCCUCAUACGUCCCUCUUCUUUCAAUGACACGUUAGAAAUGCACACCUUGCCAACAAACGGCCUUGUGAAGCCUUACAUCUGCAGCAUCUGUGGUAUGAAGUUCGACAAGUCCUCAAGUUACUACAUUCAUGGGAGAACUCACCGGCAUGCACAGCCAUAUGCCUGCUCCGUGUGUGGCGAAGGCUUCAAUCAGCUGAGGAAGCUGAAAGUCCACUCCAGAACUCACUCAGGAGAGAUGCCGUCCUCUGCUGCCCGCUGUGAUGACGCUUCCUGUGGCUUGUCAUCCCCGCACUCACAUCCAACCUCCAAAGUACGUUCUGAGACGAAUGAUGAAGCCGAUGGGAGUACAGUUGACUUUGACGGUUUUCUGGUUAAGCAAGGGGUAGACGGACAGAUCAACACCCCCAUGUUCUUUAAAUGUCAGAUUUGCAAACAGCUGCACCGUCACUGGUGUCAAUAUGUACUUCAUCUGCAAACGCACACCGAAGUCUACUUAUACCUAUGUGAGGUCUGUCGACAACAGUAUAACCAGGUCUCUAAGACGACUAGACAUUGUAAGGUUUGUUGUAGAAAGAGUGGGGAGGAAAGAGCAUGUAAUGCAUCCCUGUCCGAAGUCUUGCAGGAGCCUCCAUCGUCUCAGAGUCGGACGCUUAGACACCCUCCUGAGUUUUUGCCCGGCGAUCAUCAGGAACGAUGGUCUCAGGCUUCCUCAUCUGAGAUGAGCUGUGGUUCAGAGCAUCAGAAGAAACAGGCAGCCAGAAAGCUCUCUGGUUUGCUGGCGAACGCCUGGCGUAGAAGAUACGCAUGUGCGCAGUGUGGAAAGUCCUUCAACCAAUGGAACAAGCUCUGGCUGCAUCAUAAGAUGCACCGACAGAAAGGCAGGUGCUUCCCAUGUACUCAGUGCAAGUUGGAGUUUUAUUAUUUUGGGUCAUACAGGGACCACAUGCAUGAGCAUGCCACCCUCAGCCCCUUUGUCUGCCCUUUGUGUCCCAAAGCCUUCAUCGCCAGCGAGGACCUCAGCACCCAUCUUUGUGAACAUCACAACCCGUGCGAAUGCCUUAAAUGCGACACGUGCGGAAAAUGUUUUACGAGUUUUCAAAGCUUGGAGAGACACGGCCGGCUGCACAAAGGCGCCAACUCGAAUCACUGUCUCCUGUGUGACGUGUCGUUUCGCAGCACCUCGGCCUUGCAAGACCACUUGAAGACCCACGAAAGCCUUCUUCGGAACCCCCUCCCUGUAGGGCCGGUAGAACCUUUCCUAUAUCCAUAUCACUGUAGAAAAUGCAAGGCCAGAUUCACAAGCACAGAUUUGCUACAAGCUCAUCAGGUCUGCCAUCUCAAUGCAAACGGUAAACCUGUUAGCAGUUCACCUCAGACGUUGGCUAGCUCUCAUCAAUCUAAAACUCCAAGUAAAGUGAUUCCGAAAGCCUUACCUGUGUUCUCCAAACAAAAAAAGACUCGUCCUGUCACCAAGAGGAAUAACCUGUUUUGGUAUCCUCACCCGGACCAACUGUAUAUGCUCCCUGUCCUGCCCUCAGAACCACCAGUCGUUAUUUCAGACGCUGAAGAUCCCCAAGUUAUCGUCACUACUCCUUUAACUCUCAGCUCCCCAAUCAACUACCCGUCAGACAUCGUACACAACGAUCAUGCAAAUGGCAUCGCUGAAGUGACGCCCUCACAGUCGCCUCAGCUCACACCAAAAUCAACAACCAUUCUCCUCAAUGACGUCAACGCCAAGCUGUGUCGCCAAGCAACGACACCUUUGAAACACACCUCCUCUGGUCCCUUGGGCAGAGACCUGGCGCAGAAUGUCCCACCUCGUGGUCAGGCCGUCUCCAGGGAUGAAGAUGCGGACGAUGAGUACGAAGACGAUGAUCUCGUCGAAAUUUCGGCCGUUGCUGAGACUCCAGGGGAGCCGGAGAGUGAUGGGUUCAGCUGCGUGGUUUGCAAGGCUACUUUCACAAUCGUUUCAGACCUUCACGAUCAUUAUGUGCACCAUGCCAGAGGAGUUAUAUGAAAAACUAUUCUUUGUUUUGUUAUUUCAUGUGAAUAGGUGCCUAGGGUUUUCCCUUCAUUUGUGUGAUUGUAGCUUUUUAACAUUGAGGUUUUAUCUUAAACAUUCGAUCAAUGAUAGAUUCUUAUUUCUCAUUUAGAUUCAUAUUCUCAGGACCAACACUGUCACUAAAGCUUAUGUAACAAUGUCAAUUUUAAUUGUGUAAAAGCUCACUUAAUGACACUAUUGAAAGUUUUUCUAUCUUUGAAUACAUCUUGUUUAUCUUUUUAACACGUUUAGCAAUAAAUGAGUGUUUGAAAAACUGUGAAUGCCAACAUUAAGAAUAUGCUGUAUUAGUUAUGUUAAACAAUUCUUAGUAUUAAGAUGCAUCUGUCUCGGCCAUGGAGACGAUUUUCUUUCCUUUUUUGUAGGAGGUAAUCUAGACUCUAAAAGUUUGUUGUAAAUAAAAAUGUACUCUUACUCAGUUUCA